AUGGGCCCAAAACCUUCCAAACAGAACUUUAAAUCCUCUUAUGGAGCAACAACGUAUUAUGCUGGCGAACCACGACAACGUGUGGCAGAAAACUACCUUCUCGUGUGGGUAGAUGCUAACAUCGAUCAAUCAAACAAGGACUGUCAAGAUACAUUGGCUCAGUUGAAGAAUGUGAUCAAUGAUGUCAGCGUAUGCACUGAACCGAAUCAAUGCGUCCAAGUACUCAAUAAGAUUGACAAGGAACAAGCGUUCCUGAUAACAUCCGAUUCAUUGGGCCAAUAUUUGGUUCCUGCAAUUCAUGACAUACCACAGUUAGAUGCAAUUUACAUCUUUUCUAGCGAUGAAUCCAGACAUCAAGGAUGGACACAAAACUGGACAAAAAUCAAAGGUGUCUAUACAAACAUUAAAGAAAUAUGUCACGCAUUGCAAAUGACUGUUAAGCAAUGUGACCAUGAUUCAAUUCCCGUAAGUUUUCUUAUGAUAAAUGAAAUGAGUUCAACUGAUAAUUUAAACCAGUUGGAGUCAAACUUUAUGUAUACACAAAUACUCAAGGACAUUCUCCUUGAUAUCAACUAUGAUCGCAAGGCGAUCAAGAACUUAGCAGCUUAUUGCCACAAAAUUUUUAGUGGCAAUCCAACUCAAUUACAAAUUAUUGAUGAAUUCGAACGUGACUAUCGUCUACAACAAGCAAUAUGGUGGUAUACACGCGAGUGUUUUAGCUACAGAAUGCUUAAUCAAGCACUUCGAAUAUUGGACGUCAAUAUAAUCAUUAAUAUGGGCUUCUUGCUACGUGAUGUACAUCGACAAAUUCAACAGUUAUAUGAACAACAGAUCAGUAGUUAUAAUGGAAAGUCUUUUAAAGUAUAUCGAGGGCAAGGUCUUAUGAAGUCAGAUUUCGAAAAACUUCAGAAAGCAGCAGGUGGGCUUAUGUCAUUUAACAAUUUUUUGUCCACGAGUAAAGUUAAAGAAGUGUCCCUCAGUUUUGCUCGAGAUGCUUCAACGAAAUCUGACAUGGUGGGCAUUUUGUUCAUAAUGUACAUUGAUCCUUGCUUGAAAUCAGCACCAUUUGCCUGCAUUAAAGACGAGAGUUAUUUUGGACGAGAAGAUGAAAUGCUCUUGUCAAUGCAUACUGUCUUCCGAGUAAGUACAAUUACACAAAUGGAUAAUAAUAAUCAACUUUAUCAAGUUGAAUUACAAUUAACGUCAAAUCAUGACCAGCAACUACGAUCACUUACUGACUGGAUACGAAAACAAGCUGGUGGCACUGAAUGGCAGAGAUUGGGUGACUUAUUACUUA